AUGGCAAACACAGCUCAAGAGCUCCAACCACCCGCCACCGCUGUGGAGAAGGACGACUUGGUGAUACCUAUCAUCGAUUUCGGCCCAUUUUCCUCCGGAACUCCCUCCGAUAAGCAUGCCGUCGCACUCUCCAUCACCAACGCAUUCAAGACCUCCGGGUUCCUAUUCCUCAAGGCACAUGGCAUCCCGCCUUCCGUAGUGUCUCGAGUCUUCGCCUCAUCGAGCCGCUUCUUCGGCCGACCCCAGAGUCAGAAGGACAGCUUAGGCUGGACGACCCCACAGUCGAACCGUGGUUACGUGGCUAUCGGGCGGGAGAAGCUGGCUACCCUCGAUGAGACACAAGAGAUCGACACUCGCCGGGGCUCUAUACCCGAUCUCAAAGAGACCAUGGAAAUUGGUCGUGAAGGCGUCGAUGGCUUGGCAAACCAAUGGCCAGAUCAUCUUGAUGACGAAGGGAAAGACUUUAAAGAAACCAUGCUUUCCUUCUUCGAGAUGUGCAAGGAAUUGCACAGACAGGUCAUGAGCGCGAUCGCAUUGGGCAUGAAUUUGCCAGAACACUUCUUCGACGAGUUUGUGAAUGAAGGGGAUAACAAUCUUCGUUUGCUGCACUAUCCCGCUGUGCACAAACAGACCUUCCAGAAUAACCCGAACCAGGUUCGUGCUGGGGAACAUAGCGACUAUGGCUCAGUAACGCUACUUUUCCAAGAUCAGCAUGGUGGUCUGCAGGUGCGCAGCCCUAAGGGAACCUUUGUGGAUGCGACGCCUAUCGCAGAUACGAUUGUUGUAAAUGCCGGCGACCUUCUGGCGCGCUGGUCAAAUGACACCAUUAAAAGCACUCGUCACCGAGUCGUUGAGCCUCCCAGACCAACAAGCCACAAAACCGAGGGUGGUUCACCAGAAACAUACCCUGCCAGAUACAGUAUCGCUUACUUCUGCAACCCCAACAACAAUAAGGUCAUCGAAGCACUGCCCGGGACCUGGGGGAAUGAUAUCCAGGUGACCAAGAAAUACUCCGAAAUCACCGCUGGAGACUAUCUAGUUCAACGGUUGACAGCGACGAUAUAA